CUUUCGAAUCCAAUGAAAAGCUGCCCUAAAAGUGAACACGUGAGUCCCUAACCUCAAAUGUCACUCUCUCGUGAAUAUUAGUAGUCCAUUAUUCUCACUACUGUUUAUUCUAUAAAUAAUGCCAGCACCGAGGAAAAAUAAUGUAUUGACUUACGAAGGGUGUAAUUACCUAAAGUAUCGUUUACUGCUGUCGACUUUAUCAGGAAAGCCAGUGAGAAUCGAAGAAAUCAGAACCAACCACGAUGAUCCUGGCUUGAAAGAGUAUGAAGUCAGUUUGAUCAGACUCCUGGAUAGAUUAACCAAUGGAACUCGAGUAGAAUUAAACGAGACAGGAACAAGUUUGUUUUACUCCCCUGGGCUGCUGGUCGGUGGAGAGCUGGAGCAUGAUUGCAGCUUGCAAAGGGGAAUUGGGUAUUAUCUGGAGGCUGUCAUGGCCCUUGCUCCAUUCUGCAAGAAGCCUGUGAAUAUCAAGCUCAGGGGGGUCACCAACAAUACCCUAGAUCCUUCGGUGGAUAGGAUAAAAACUGCAGGGCUGUCUGUGCUAAAGAGAUUUGUCAUUGGAGAACAGGAUAUUGAACUGGUUAUCAAGAAAAGGGGGGCUGCACCACUGGGUGGUGGAGAGGUGCUUUUCCAGUGUCCCAUCAAGCAGAGUUUGAAGACUGUGCAGUUUCAAAACAGUGGAAUGGUGAAGAGAAUACGGGGACUUGCGUGCAGUAUACGAGUAUCACCGGCUAUUGCUAAUAGAAUGGUUGAGGCUGCUAAAGGAGUUCUUCUCAAUUUUCUACCUGAUAUUUAUAUUCACACAGACCAUUGUAGAGGAGGCACCGGUGGAAAGUCACCAGGAUUUGGUAUUACAGUAACAGCGGAGACAACAAAUGGAGUUUUCUUGAGUGGUGAGGCAUUUUCUCCUUUAAUGACCACUGGAUCGCUUCCGUGUGUUCCUGAAGAUAUUGGAAAGGAGGCAGCUAACAAGUUGUUGCACGAAAUAUACAGGAAUGGAUGUGUAGAUUCUCCUUUCCAAAGCAUGACCGCUUUAUUUAUGGCACUGGGGAGAAAGGAUGUUUGUAAAGUACUCGUGGGACCUCUUACACAAACAAUGAUUCAGUUUCUGAGAGACCUCAAGGACUUUUUUGGUGUAGUAUUCAAACUGGAGCCUGCCAGAGACGAGGAAGACGACGAAAUUUUCAUGGAACAAGUUUUAUUGACUUGUGUGGGAAUAGGAUAUACAAAUCUCAGCAAAAAACAUUUAUAAACCAUCCCUCAAUUUAUUUUGUAAAUAUUUUCAUUUUUAGUAGAUAAAUUUCUACAUUGCCAAACAAGAUAACCAAACGUUAAUUCUUAUCCUACAAACUAAAUUUUUGUAAAUCUAGGGGUUUCGAAGGCCACGAACGGAAAGCUGUUGAUUUAUAGUGCUGCCAUAAAUUCUGAUAAUUCCUAGAA